AUGUGCCAGCUGCUUCGCCGACAAACGCAAUUGGGGCUCACGCUUGGCAAUACAGCACACGUCGUCAGCUGCUUUGCGGAUGAUACGCAGCUCAUCGCCCGAGAUCCCGUAGCGCACAUCACGCAACUCGAGCGCAUCGAAUCGUUCUGCGCAUUUUCUGGGUUCAAGCUCAACCGCAACGCCCGAGAUCCCGCAGCGCACAUCACGCAACUCGAGCUCAUCGAAUCGUUCUGCGCAUUUUCUGGGUUCAAGCUCAACCGCAACGCCCGAGAUCCCGCAGCGCACAUCACGCAACUCGAGCUCAUCGAAUCGUUCUGCGCAUUUUCUGGGUUCAAGCUCAACCGCAACAAGACAACAUUGCUCACCGCCCGCGAAAGCGCUAAGUAUCCUAGUGGCGCCGGGGAUGCUAUCGAUGUCGCGCUUCGAUCACGUGCUCGCCAAAUUCAUAAAUCGUACCAGUUGACUUGGCUCCUGCCCGACAAGCAUCAAGCGCCCCUCAUCGAUCGUCUCAUGCUUCAGUUCCUUCACGAUGAGCCAAACUCGUGGACGCGAACGAGGCAUCUGCGCCAAUUUAGCCAAGCUCUCGACUUAAUGGCCAAACGUCACGGUGGCCUCGGCCUCUCGCAUUAG